AUGGACAACGAAAAGAUCAUCACCGAGAGUCAGGCUACGGACGACCGUGGUCUAUCAGUCCACGUGGCUCCCCUAGAUGCCGUCCCAAAGACAAGAUGGGAACGAAGCUGGCCUACCAUUGCUUGUGGCGCCGGGUUGUUCUCAGAUGGAUAUCUGAAUAGCGUUAUUGGGUCGGUCAACACAAUGCUCAAAACCAUCUACAAGGAUGAAUACGCCAAGUCGGACGCUCAAAGCAAUGUCUCCUCCAUCGCCUUUGCCGGUACUGUACUGGGACAACUGGUCUUUGGAUACCUGUCAGAUCACUGGUCACGGCGGCAUUCGCUCCUCAUCUCCACGUUCAUUUUGAUCAUCUUCGCCGCUCUCGGAGCCGGAUCAUACGGAGCCGGAGGGAGCAUCCAGGGGCUUUUCGCUGCCCUGACUGCCUACCGGUUUCUGCUCGGCAUAGGAAUUGGCGGCGAAUAUCCCGCGGGCUCUGUAGCCUGCGCCGAAGCCACAGGAGAGCUGAAACGAGGCCACCGAAACCGCUGGUUCAUCUGCUUCACGAAUCUAUCCAUCGACGUGGGCUUCGUUGUCGCCUCUUUCGUCCCGAUGAUCCUCAUGUUGAUUUUCACCGAACACCACAUGAGAGCCGCGUGGCGGGUGGCCUUGGGAUUGGGCGUGAUUCCGCCGCUGUCUCUCUUGUACCUGCGAUUCAAGCUACAAGAACCCGAAGAGUACAACCGGAACAAGAUGAACCACUACCCGUAUUGGCUCAUCCUCAAGUUUUACUGGUGGCGCCUGGUCGUCGUAUCAUUGAUCUGGUUUAUCUACGACUUUUCCGCAUACUCGUUCAGUAUCUACUCCUCGUCGUGGCUGGCCUUCCUGCUUCCAGCCGACGCUCCGCUGUGGAAGACCUUCGGCUGGAACACGGUCAUCAAUCUGUUCUAUGUCCCCGGGGCCGUGGCGGGAGCGUUUCUGUCGGAUUGGAUCGGUCCCAAACGCUGCCUCAUCCUCGGCGUCACGUUGCAGGGCAUCAUCGGCUUCAUCAUGACCGGCAUCUACAAGCAUCUGGACCAACCAUCCCAGGUCGGCGGCUUUGUCGUCAUCUACGGCAUCUUCCUCGCCCUAGGUGAAGUCGGUCCUGGCGACAACAUCGGGCUGGUCGCCUCCAAGACGUCGGCCACUUCGGUGCGAGGCAUGUACUACGGCAUCGCCGCCGCUUGUGGAAAGAUUGGCGCCUUUGUCGGGAACUACAUCUUUCCCGAUAUCAUCAAGGCUGCCGGCGACGACGUCAUCAAGCAGGGCCAGUAUCCCUUCUACGUCUCCAGCGCCCUGUGCAUUUUCAGCGGCCUCAUUGCUCUGUUUUGUCUCCCGGAAAUCGGUCAAGAUACUAUCACCGAUGAAGACGAGAGGUUCAGAGCUUAUCUGGUCCAGAAUGGCUACGAUGUGUCGACUCUGGGAACGAAGAAAUACCGUGAGGAGACGAAGGCGGCUACCAGCGGUUGA